CAGCACCUCAAGCUCCCGACUGUAGAUAGGAAAAGGCAACUCACAGCUUCGCUCCCACUCGAUCGACUUCCAUGGCCACCAAAGUGUACAUCAUAUACUAUUCUAUGUAUGGGCAUGUGGAGAAACUUGCAGAGAAAAUAAAGGAAGGAGCUGCAUCUGUUGAAGGUGUUGAAGCCAAAUUAUGGCAGGUUCCCGAGACUCUGCCAGAAGAGGUCCUGACAAAGAUGAGUGCACCAACAAAGAGUGAUGUACCAUACAUCACACCAAGCGAGCUCCCUGAUGCUGAUGGAUUCGUGUUUGGCUUCCCAACCCGAUUCGGAAUGAUGUCUGCCCAAUUCAAAGCAUUUAUGGACGCAACUGGAUCUCUUUGGAGGACACAGCAGCUGGCUGGCAAGCCUGCUGGCAUAUUCUACAGCACUGGUUCUCAAGGUGGCGGCCAAGAAACCACGCCAUUGACUGCAAUCACUCAGCUUGUUCACCACGGAAUGAUAUUCGUCCCCAUCGGCUACACAUUUGGUGCCGGCAUGUUCGAGAUGGAGAAGGUGAAAGGCGGCAGUCCUUACGGAGCCGGAACUUUUGCAGGCGACGGAUCGAGGCAGCCAUCGGAGCUCGAGCUGGAGCAGGCCUUCCACCAGGGGAAGUACAUUGCCGCAAUCACAAAGAAGCUCAAGGGUGCGGCCUAAAUCAUCCAAUCGGGUUUAAUACAGUACAGGAGUCUCGCUCUCAUUCUUCGGUAUAUAAUUUUCGCUCCCGCCAAAAGAAAGCAAUGCUAGUCGGAGGCUAUUCGAGGUCUCUGUAUGUCUUUACUAAGCAACCAUGGUCGAUCUGUGUAAAUGAUAAGGAAGAGGUGGCUUUCUUUUAGCUUGGUUCUGUAACCCUACUUUCUUCAUGGAAGUUUCUAUGUAUCGAAAGCUAUGUGUUACUGAAAGGGUAUGCAGUCUGCUCAGUCCGUGUCUCUCUUGGUAGUUACUCUUUCACUUUCAUCGGUUCGUAUUAAAUCAGCGAGAUAGUACCGCUAUAUCAAGUCCUUGUUUCUCUUUCGCUUUUUUUU